AUGGUGGAAGGAGAUCCGUCAUACAUAGACUAUGAGGCCUUCUUAGACCCAGACUUCUCCCCAUCCUCAUUCGCCAAUACAUUGGUGACAAGCACAAACAAUGCAACAGAUACCCCGUUGGAUUUGUCAACACCAUUGUCACGGGUGCUCUUUGAUCUUCAGGAGAUCGACACACACAUCCAUGCAUUGACAACCAGAUCAGCACUCUCAUUGCUUUCACAUACUCAAAGCCAAACAGCUGCCGCUGAUAAUAUCUUGAAAGAAUCAGGGACGCAAAUUGCUUCUGUGACUCAAGGGUACGAGCGCCUCCAAAAGGAGGUUGUACAAAAAUGGGAAGCAGCUGACAAAGCUCGUGUUGCUGCCGAAAACUCGCUUGAAACUGUUCGCCUAGCAAGGGCUGUAGCGCGCUGCUUAACCCUGGGUAGACAGCUGGAGAGUCAGGUUUCUGAAAUUACAGGCCGAGGGCCGACCCCAUCAUCAGGACCGGAUGGAGCAACAUCACCGUCACCUGGAAAAGAUGGCUUCCGCGCACUGGAACGAGCAGCGUACACAAUUUUGAAUCUGCGAGAAAUGUUCUCAGCCACGACACAGGGCGAGGAAGGCUAUGGUUUGGAUCGGGUGAAAGCCAUUCGCACUCUACGUGGAGAAUUUGUCAUUCCCGCAGAGAACAUGGUCAAGUCGAGAGCACAACAGACCAUCAGCCGAUUUUCUUUGUCCUCCAACUCGGCAAGCACCAAUAGCCAGUCAUCAAUGCCAUCUGGCUAUAAGCAAGCCCGCGAUGCCCGAGCACGACUGGCCACCGCUGCCAUAACUCUAUAUCUUCUUUCGCCUCUACCAAAAGGCGCAAGCACUGCAGCCGACUACAAGCCAGAACUCUUAUUGUCAACACUACAAGGGUUCAUGCACACGGCGAUCAUGACAUCCGUGAAUGCCCUCGCCCGGGCUCUUACCCAGCUCCCAAUCAUGAACCAAACACUCGCCGACACCUCUGCACGAUGCCAAGAUAUAGUUGCCUUGGAGAGCAUUCUCAAAAACAUCCGCCCACCACCACACCCUCUCUUGGCCUCCACUGCCACAUCCGACGAACCAGCCCCCGAGUCCCAAACAGCGGCCUCGAACAAAUAUAAUCUCCUGCAGCCUCUUCUCCAGGCUCUAGACACCUCAUCACUUCCUUCCUACUACUGGCGCUCUAUCGCCUCUUCUCUCGCCCCGCGUGUCCAGGACAUCGUCAACCGAGGCGGUGUUUCUUCCCGUACAUUGCGAUCCAACCGUGACCGACUAAGAGUCGAGAUCAAGGAGUGUGUGCUCCGUGCGUCGCAGGUGUCUGCCACCAGCCUGCUAGCCGAGAAGGGUCGACCAGGAACCGACACGGUGGUGGUUGGAAACUGGGAGCGAGAAGCUGCCGUGAUGGUGAGCUCCAUUGUUGGUUCUCUGGGACGGUAA